AAAAGAAAAAGAAAAAGAAAAAGAAAGAGAAAAAAAAAUUAUUAUCAUCAUUGCCAUGAAAACCAAAUUCUCGAGCGCAGUGGCCGCUCCGGUGAUCGGAGUGUUGAUCGGAGCGAACGGUCUGCGAGUGGAGCCCGAGGUGCGGACCGACUGCAAAGCCGCCCGACAGGACAGUCCCGACCCGCAGACCAGACACCGAGCCUUCCGCUGGUGCAGGGACUUCCUGCGCGGGGCCUGGAAGAGCUUACCCGAGGAGGAGUUUCAAAUCAGUAUCAUCAGGGGUGGCCUCAGUAAUCUGCUUUUUCUGUGCUCCCUGCCUGAUACUAAGAGCUGUGUGGCAGAUGAACCUCGCAAUGUUCUCCUUCGAUUGUAUGGUGCAAUCCUGCAGAUUUCCUGUAAUAAAGGGGAUUCUAAACAGAAUAACCAGGAGAAAGAUGCUUUUCGCGGGACUGAAGCCUUGGUGUUGGAGAGUGUUAUGUUUGCUAUCUUGGCAGAACGAUGUCUUGGUCCAAAGUUAUAUGGAAUCUUCCCUCAGGGUCGCUUGGAACAGUUCAUUCCGAGCCGCAAACUGGAGACCCAGGAGCUGAGUAUUCCAAAUAUUUCAGCAGAAAUUGCAAGGAAAAUGGCUACAUUCCAUGGCAUGAAAAUGCCAUUUAACAAAGAACCAAAGUGGUUGUUUUGUACCAUGGAAAAGUACUUAAAGCAAGUGAUGCGAAUCAGUUUCACAAGAGAGUCUUACAUUAGGAAGUUCCAUAAACUUCUCAGCUACAACCUGCCACAAGAGCUGGAGAAACUGAGGUCCUUGCUCCAUGCUACUCAUUCACCAGUUGUUUUUUGUCACAACGAUUGCCAGGAAGGAAAUCUUCUGCUGUUGGACAACACUGGCGAAUCCAGUGAGCAGAAGCUAAUGCUGAUUGACUUUGAAUACAGCAGCUAUAACUUCAGAGGGUUUGAUAUUGGGAACCACUUCUGUGAAUGGAUCUACGAUUAUACUUAUGAAAAGUAUCCAUUUUUCUUAGCUUCGAUAGAGAACUACCCAACCCAAACCCAGCAGCUCCAUUUCAUCAGAAAUUACAAAGCCGAGUACCAGAAUGGAUUUGACAAUUUGGAUGACACUGAGAGAGUGAAAAUGGAAGAGCAAAUGUUGCAAGAAAUAAAUAGAUAUGCACUGGCUUCACAUUUCUUUUGGGGCUUAUGGUCGAUCAUUCAGGCCAGAAUUUCAGCAAUUGAAUUUGGAUAUAUGGAUUAUGCUCUGGCCAGAUUUGAAUCCUACUUUGAACAGAAGAAACAGUUGGGUGUUUGACUGGAAGCAGGCAGGCAGUGGAGCGGAGCAAAGGCUUGAAGCUGAGAGAACAACUAAACAAUUGCAAACCACAGCAGUCUCCAGCAAAGAUUUGACUGUGUAUUGAUUUGUUUUACGUGAUGGGAAUUUAAAAAAUAGUAAUGAUUUGUGCAGCUAAAACAAAUUAUAUAAAUUUAUCAAUUGCAAAGUUUAUGAAACGAAGUCAUCAGUGACGCGUUCUAACUUUUGUAGAAUGGCUUUAUGCAUAGGAGUUGGAAGACUCAUUGUAAUCCAGUACAGAGAAAGGUUGCUAGUGAAUUCUCUGACAGGAGGCGCAUUAUUUGUUAGGUAGAGGAUCAAUGAAUGUGGUAUUAGGUACUGUAUAUUGGGAUAUUUUCCAACUGGAAAAUUUCAUUUUUUUUUAAAUGCUUUUACUUUUCUUUUGGCAAAACCCAUUUUUUAGAUACAGUAAUAAUGUAAUAAGUGAGAAGGAAGAAAAAAUUAAUUUCAAGUCACCUCUAUUGCUUUAUUUGCUGUUGUCAGCGAAUUAAGUAAAUGUAAUCGCAGAUUAGAUUAGCGGUCAUUAAUGUGAAAGGCCCUGACCCAUUUCUGCUCAGCUGCAGCAACUGCUACAGAACAAAUCAAUAGAGCUUGCUGAGAGGGUUGCUGAAACACAGAUAGGUUUUUCUAAUCGGUGGGUUCUUUCAGGGUCUCCUGUCAUUGCUGUGACAGAGAAAUGGCACUUAUUUGUUGUUGCAUUUGUCAGAUUGUGCAGAAUCUGUAUGUGUACAGUACUCUUGUUCUUAACAGAGCGGAAGGUGCUGUUGGAGGGGAAGUGAUGCUGCAAUGAUACAUUCCUGUCAUUUGUUAGUCCUUCCCAAUCUUUUCUUUUUAAUGACUGUGAUUUGCAAAGAGGGAUGGAUGGCAAAGUCAAUGCCAUAAGUGAACAAGUAGUGGUGGUAUCAGAAAAGCUGCAUGUAAUAUAUCAAUUUAUGCAUAGUCGUGUAUACCGCAUGGCAGAGUCACCCCAGGCAAUUAUUGAAAGAUGUUUAUAAGAGAUCCUGCUCAACAAGGUUUGUCGUUCCAAUGAGUUUAUCAGACUACAAUGUUGUUUGUUCACACCUCUUAGAGGGAACAUAGCAGAAAGACUUGGCAGAGAAAGAGGUGAAUUAUUGUCUUGAGGGGAUGCUCACAUUGUCGCUGAUGCAAUAAUACUUACAGGAGAAGUAGGAGCAGAGAGAAUACCAGAGAGGCCCAAGAGAACUGUAGAUGCAUUUUCCCCAAGAGCGCUUGUAUGAGAAAGUAUACUUGCACAGUCGGUUACCUGCCUUGGAAUGGGUCAGGAGAAAUAUAGCCGAGAGGUUUUAAUGGAACUCUAUAUCCUGCUGCAAGAGGACCUGAAGAUGCAUCCCACCAUAAGGACUUUGUUGAUGACAGUAAAGUUUACUGCAGUCUUUCAUUUUUUUUAUGUGACUGGUAACUUUUAGCUAUGAUGCACACAAGUUGCGACUACCCCAUUCAGGCGGAGAUCCAGAUGCAUAUGUCAGGAUGUGACUUUUUAAUGCUUCGUAGUAAUGCUUUGCUGAAUUCCCACAAGUCCAAGGUGUGAUUGAUUGAAUACUCCGUGGCCUUGAGCAGUAAUGAAUUAUAUACUGUUCAAUUAAUGGUAGAAUCUGACACCUGCACACAAAUGCUGAACGUUAAGCUCAGUUCUCCAGAGUAAAGUUCAGCUCGCACAUACCUAAGAUAACUUUUGUAUUACAGCUAUUCCAUGGAGAUAGUCCUUGACAACUCACACCAAGAUCUAGUUCCACUGCCUGGGCAGGUCUAUGAACAUGUCUCAAAUAUGCAGCAGAAAUUAUUAUGGGGUCCUGAAUAACAUUCCCACGCAAAGAAACCUUGGCUUUGAUGCAGAUGAAAGGGACCAGCGAAGGUUUGUCCAGGGGGACCUCUGUAACAGAACAACCAUUGGAACCAGAGAGAUCUAACUUGUGAACUUUUGCUAUGAAUGCACACAAUGUAGUUGUGGUAAAGUGCUUGCAUUCCAUGCCAAGAACUCUCCUACAGUAUUGAAUUUCUUUUAGGAUCACCUUUCUAUUUGCCUUGGUCUCUGUCUGCUUGUAUUUCUCUGCACAUUUGCUUCUUAACCACAAAGGGAACAGGCUGGGAAUGAGAAGGGCUUGUGCUGCCAGCACAGACCAACCUCCAGAGAGGAAGGGAUUUAAAAGAUAGAGUAACAAGUGCCAUCUUCCCGCGUUCCUUAGGUAUGAUGUCUCUCCUUUUAAAGGCUGGCCCCAUCCACUCUCUACCUUUACAAGUCUCCAUCCUUCCACAAAUUAUAACCCUUGUGUGGCCCUUUCAAGACAAUUUAUUCUUCAACUUGUGCUGUGAUUGUGGGCAGUCCUCUCCCUCCCACUCCCUGUCAUGUGAAGGAAAAGAGCUUAUUAUAACUCGAAACAGCCUGGUUAGAAUUGGAUAACAUGAGCUACAUGUUUUGUAACUUAGCCAUUGUUUUUAAAGCAUUCACUGUGCAAUUCCAGUUUGGUAACUCUCUGUGUUCUCUAUCAUUUAGUUGUGAGUUGGGACGGGGCCUAAAUCAGCCUCCCUCAAACCAGUUACAAUUUUCAACGGUAGACUUUUACUGGCUUAUUUUGCAGAGUUGUGAACUACACAUUUGCUAUUGCCUCAUUUAUGCUUUUCAAAAAACAAACAGUCCCAACAAUAACAGCAACGACUAGCAUUUAUAUAGCGCCUUUCACGCCAGACAGCGUCUCCGAGCACUUGCAAUAUUUAGAAUCCUAGAACGUUACAGCACAGAAACGCCCGCUCCAGCUGUGUCCAGUACGACUCCUGAACAGCUGAUGUGACAGGUGUUCGUUCUGUCGUACGUUACUUCUAAACUCUGCAGUUUUCUCCAGAUCUCUCGCCAGGUCCUCACGAUCUGUGAGAUCCCGUUGACUCUUGUAAAUAACCUCAUCUCUCAUUCUCUGCCACAUUGCAGUGAUGGGGUGAAUGUCCUCCAAUCUGUAAGUGUCAGUCCUCGCUCUCCACAACCUAUUUCGUCAGCAUUUCAAGUGUUUCCGUCACAAUAGCCACCUUCCCAACUGGUGUCUGCUGUAUUAUCAGAUCACUGUUGACAGCACACAGCUGGAUUUGCCCAGGGUGGACUGUCAUAUCACCCCCUUGGAUUGUUCCAGUUUUUGGAUUGCUGCUACCCUUCAUUCACUUAAUGCUAUUUGCUAACUGCAAAAUAAAAUACAGUUCACUGCAGUGACAAAGAGCCAAACCUGCUGAGCUUCCCGAAUUGUCGCUGAUAAUGAGGAAGAUUUUGGUUCAUCCACAUUCUGCACACACACAGCAGAAUAAUCUUUGCAGUAUAAAAUGGUGGAACAGUAAAAAUUAUUGCCGUGUUUGCUGUUACAAUAAUUCGCUGCUAAUCCAUACCUCAAAAUCUCAUGAGAGUUUUAGUGUUGCCUUAUGGUGUCUUUUGUUAAUUAUUAUUUUCACUGUAUAGGUAAGGGGGUGUUUUUUAAAAAAAAUAAACUGCAGAGAUUUUACUCAUUCCUUCGUGUUAUUAAAUAAGAUGAGUUCCGUUGCACUUCCAGUGGUUGGUAACGGCUUUGUGAAUUGUGGACCUGUAACAUUUUUGCUCUGCACAGACAAAGAGUUCAAUGUUCUUUGUAAAAUGUUGAAUCUUCUUAGAAUUGCAAGUGACUAUUGCGUGGAAACAGCGUUACGAGAGUGAAUGCUAAAUAGCCUUCAGAUAAUGAUUGCGUCGCCAGAAAUGUAAUCCUAGAAGGACUUUGGUCUCACAUUUUACACUUCUAUUUUAGUCUGUACAGUACUACAGUUACAACAGUAGGUCUAGCAUAGUUAUUACUGAGCAAUCUGCUCUGACAUCCACAGGUCGGUAUGUAUGUACAGUUAGAACUUGCUUGGUGUCGCACAGUGCUGUAAUUCUUUAGGCUUCAGCUCAUGAAUUUAUUUUCAAGAUGCAGGUGUAAUGUAAAGCUGCAUCCCGCGAAUUUUUUUUAAAUCCGAAUUUUAAAAAGGACAAGUCAAAAAAAAUAGUCUGCGAAACUUUGAAUCAGUUUUCAGAAUACUCAUGUACAAGUCAACUCCCGUUGAUCAAUCCAGAACUUGUUUAGCACAGUAUUUCAGUAUCUCACACUGAAUAACCACUGCACUGUUUUGGCAGCAGCCAAAGAUGUUGCUGUUUGUUACGCAGUUCUUCCUUUCAGUGGUCAGAUGCUAGAGGUAGGCAGGGAGCAAGGAAGGAAGGACGCUGGGAAUAUCAACACUAAUUAAUGUUGGCCUUAUUGAUGAGAGAGAGAGAGAAUUAUAGCACUUUAGUGGAAUCCCAGUUAAGUAGGUGGAAUUGACUCGCAUAUUGGGGUAAUUAAUGUGUCGUUUUUUCACACAAAUUACUGUGAAGAAAACCUGAUCCAUGCUUGCGGUUUUUAUUUCAAUGCGGUGAUGUGCAUUAUGCUUAUGUUUUGGCAAAAUCAGUUGUAUUUUUGUAAAUUCAUUGUAUGUACAGUUUAUGUACUGAGAUUAAAUGCAUUUGUACAUCAAAUCUUUUAAUAAAGUUUCUUUUCCCUACCCCCA